ACGAGAAGACUGCGCUCUACCACGACAAAGGGGCUCCACUCUCCAUACACGCCCAUUCUGAAAUGCUCGUACCCGGUGAAGGUUUGCAAUCAUCCCCAAAUCUUUCCCCAUGACGGUAGACUUUCAACAUGCUGCAAAAAUCCGGCAAUGGUGGAGUGUACCCGGAUCCUGCUGGGGAGAAGAAACUGAAAGUCGGCUUUGUAGGGUUAGACUCGGCGGCUCCCGACUCUAGCAGGGAUGGGGCACUGCUCAUUGCUGGUUCAGAAGGUACCAAGCGAGGCAGCAUCUUAAGCAAACCCCGGUCCAGCGUCACAGGUUCAAGAAAACCACCGAAGAGAAAUGCUUUUUAUCGAAAACUGCAGAAUUUCCUCUACAACGCGUUGGAAAGACCAAGAGGCUGGGCUUUCAUUUAUCAUGCAUACGUUUUUCUCUUGGUGUUCUCCUGUCUGGUGCUGUCCGUUUUCUCAACAAUCAAAGAAUAUGAAAAAAGCUCAGAGAAUGCACUUUAUAUUCUGGAAAUUGUGACCAUUGUUGUUUUUGGUGUGGAGUACUGUGUGAGAAUCUGGGCAGCUGGCUGCUGCUGUCGUUAUCGAGGAUGGAAGGGGAGGCUGAAAUUCGCACGGAAACCAUUCUGUGUUAUCGACGUCAUGGUGUUGAUUGCCUCCAUCUCGGUGCUGGCUGCAGGCACCCAGGGGAAUGUCUUUGCCACCUCUGCCAUCAGGAGUUUGAGGUUCUUGCAGAUCUUACGCAUGAUCCGAAUCGAUCGCAGGGGUGGCACCUGGAAGCUGCUGGGAUCCGUGGUCUAUGCACACAGCAAGGAACUGAUCACGGCCUGGUACAUUGGGUUUCUCUGUCUCAUCCUCGCCUCUUUCCUGGUGUAUUUGGCUGAGAAAGAAGAUAACAAAGAAUUUGAAACCUACGCCGAUGCACUCUGGUGGGGGCUGAUUACCCUGACUACAAUCGGUUAUGGGGAUAAGUAUCCGAUUACAUGGAACGGGCGUCUUCUUGCUUCAGCCUUUACACUCAUUGGAGUGUCAUUCUUUGCACUUCCAGCUGGCAUCUUGGGCUCCGGAUUUGCCCUGAAGGUUCAGGAGCAACAUCGGCAGAAACAUUUUGAAAAACGACGGAAUCCAGCUGCGGGUCUCAUCCAGGCUGCCUGGAGGUUCUAUGCUACCAGUCUUACCAGGACUGACAUGGAGUCGACCUGGAAUUACUAUGAGCGGACAGCGUCGGUUCCCAUGUACAGUGUGCCUGCAUUUGGCACUUCCAGACUGAUUCCACCACUCAACCAGCUAGACCUGCUGAGGAACCUGAAGAGCAAGUCAGGACUCUCAUUCAGGAAAGAUUCGCAGCCAGAGCCUUCCCCCAGUAGAGGAAAUUCACUCAAAGAAACACUUUGUGGGUGCUGCCCAGGAAAACCUAGUCACAAGGUCAGCUUAAAGGAGCGUGUAUUCUCCAGUCCCCGGAGCUCGGGGGCCAAAGGAAAGGGCUCACCUCAGGGCCAGGGCCUCCGCAGGUCCCCCAGCGCAGACAACAGCAUUGAGGACAGUCCCAGCAAGGUGCCCAAGAGCUGGAGCUUCGGAGACCGCAACCGCGCAAGACAAGCCUUUAGGAUAAAGGGGGCCACGUCUCGACAGAACUCAGAAGAGCUGAUUGAGCUGCAGGAUGAAGAAUUCAGAUUGAAGAACUUUCAAGCAAUUGAAGGGCUGAUCAAAGCAAGCCUUCCAGGGGAAGAUAUAGGAGAUGACCACUGCGAGUUUGUGACACAGGAUUUAACUCCGGGAUUGAAAGUUACAAUCAGGGCUGUGUGCAUUAUGAGAUUUAUGGUUUCAAAGCGAAAAUUCAAGGAGAGCCUGAGGCCUUAUGAUGUGAUGGAUGUAAUUGAGCAGUAUUCAGCUGGCCAUUUGGACAUGCUGGCACGGAUUAAAAACCUCCAGUCCAGGAUAGAUAUUAUUGUGGGUUCCGCACCCCCUUCAACUCCCCGGCAUAAGAAGUAUGCAACCAAAGGACUCAAAGAAUCACCCCAAUACUCUCCUAGAGUUGACCAGAUUGUUGGUAGAGGUACUGCAAUAACAGACAAGGAUCGAACCAAAGUGACCACUGAAGGAGACCAUCCCGAGGACCCCAGCAUGAUGGGAAAACUGGGAAAGGUUGAAAAACAGGUGAUGUCAAUGGAAAGGAAGCUGGAUUUCUUGGUGAACAUCUAUGUGCAGCGGAUGGGUAUCCCUCAGUCUGAGACGGAGGCCUACUUUGGAUCCAAGGAGCCCGAACCUGCACCCCCUUAUCACAGUCCUGUGGACAGCAGGGAACAAAUGGAUAAGAAUGGCUGCAUCACCAAGAUCAUACGCUCCAACAGUUCGGCAGGGCAAAAGAAUUUUGAUGCACCCCCAGAGCCUCCAGGCCCCUGCCCUCCUUCCACAUCAUGGCAUCAGCACUCUAUCAGUGAGUACCAACGCCACAGUCAAGGGAACUCGCCUGUCGGAGACCCGUCCUCCUUAGUUAGAAUCCCACCACCACCCUCUCAUGACCGCUCUUCAGGGAGCCACAAUGGAAGCAACCGGGGAGGUGCAGAAUACGAAGCUGCAGGGAAACAUCACGACAGUGCCCUGAGGGACAGUGACACUUCCAUCUCUAUCCCGUCUGUGGAUCACGAGGAGCUGGAACGCUCCUUCAGUGGCUUCAGCAUCUCCCAGUCCAAGGAGAAUAUGGAUUACCUCAACAACAGCUACUACGGAGCGGUGGCCCCCUGCGCUGCUAUCAGACCCUACAUUGCAGAAGGGGAGUCUGACACAGACUCAGAUAUAUGCAGCCCUUCUGGCCCGUCUCCAAGGUCUGCAGCUGGAGACGUGGGGUGGUCCGGGUCGAAAUAAAACUCCCCGGGGACAACAGCACAUGUUCUGGAUCUGAUUUAGCAAAAGCUGAUGAAGCCAUAAGAAUGAUGAAAUUGCCCGGUGGCCCCAAAACCUUUACAUUGAGAAGUUAUGGAAAAGAGAAAUCCCAUCUGCUCAGUAAAUGAACUGUCGUCUUACUUAGAUUUUGACAAGACUGCUGUGGACCCAGGGCACCCAGGGAGUUUUCAACGUCUGUAAUUUUUAUAAACUAAAAAAAGGGUUUGGGUUAACCGAGGCAGAAGGCGCAAUCAUUUAGAAUAACACAAUUCUUUAAUCCUUGUUUCUUGCAUACAUUGCAUUUGUUUGCUUUCAUCCAACAUAGCAAUUAAAAUGACUUCAUAAGCACUGGGCCAGUGGUAUAGUUGCUCCCAUAAUUACAGAAUGUAUAUCUUUAGAAAACAUCUGAAGGAAUAAGCUAUAGCAAUUUCUCAAACUGUAACAGAUGGAACGUUUACUGGAACUUCAUACAUGCCACAGAGGUUAGCACCUCUUACCAAACUUCCAGAUGUUGUUAUGAAUACAUUAUUGUACAACCGUACAGUAAUUACUCAUACGAAUGCUAAAUGUAUUCUAAUAAAACCCAUCCCAGCUUGAUAUUGUUCAUUUACUUUUAGCUGAUAUAUUAUCACCUUGAUAUAUUUUAUCUUGAUUGCAAAUAUUGUGAAACUACACACCAGCAAACAUAACAACACUUCCUUUCUUUUAGGUCAGGCAAGAUUGUGGACAUAUCUGUGAGGUGGAUUGAUAUUUGCAUAUUGAUCUAACAAUGAACAAGAAUGUCCAUUUACAUUAAACAACACCCAACGGGACUGGAAGACUUACUCUUUCUCAGUUGACGUCAUGAAUUCUUAACUGAUGUGAUUUACGAUAAAACAGAGUACAGUACAGGAUUGCUAAAGCUAUUUUCAGUGAUAACAGUCCACAAGAUGUUCUCUUAAAAGAUGUAUCUUAAAAAAAUGAUGAUUCAAGACUGUAUAUAGGCACUAUUAAAAAAACAAACAACUGGUCUUGCUUUACAUAAAAGAGAAACAGUUUUAACUCCUUCUGUGAAAGCUUUUUUUUCAGAAAUUAAGAAGUAAGAAUUUAUUAUUUCAAAAUACUGUUGUAAGGGCAACACUGAUUGAGUGUUUUUCUGAAGCAUUUUCCGAAGGAAAAUAAACAAAAGUAUUGGCAGCUAUGUUUUGGAAGCUUGUCUGAGAAUGGUAAUGUAUUUUCAAUUUACCAGGAACCAAGAUGCCCUAAAAAAGUCCUAAUCAAUUUUUGCCUGUAAAAGCAUGCUUUGAGAAAACAUAGUCUGCAUUUGUACCUACUAAUCCUAUUCUAAGAUACUCUAAUGUAAUAUCAGACUGCAUUUCUUUAUGAUUUGUUUUUCUAUAACACUGUUUCAUAUUAUUACGGCAUAGUUCACAAUUGUAUACUUUAAAAGUGUGUCCAGGCAAAUCCAUUUGUUUAUUAUUUUCUUUAAAUAAAUAUAUAAAAUCCCACGAAAGGGAGUUUAACGGAAAAAGUAACUUGUUAAAUGAUUUUCUAUAACCAAAGUAUGAAAGAUGUUUUUUAUUAAUUGAAUGUAUGCAGUUGAUGAUAUGUAGUACUGGGGAUAACUAUGGAAAAAACACUUUUAUAAUACUUAUUAAUUACAUUUUCACAAUUGACUAAAUGUGUGUACGAUAUAAAAAAUUCAAAACAAUGACUGUGGUAUUGAUAGUAGUGGUACUAGCAUAUUGCGUUUUCAAUCUUGAGUAUUGCAUUCCAGUUCUUUGAGACAUUGAAGUGCUAGCCACUACCUAGUGUAUUUCUUGAAAGGCUGUUGAAGAUCAAUGGAUCUAUAUGGAUUUAUCCAUUAUACUUACCAAUAACAUCACCAUUUAGGUAAUCCCAAAAUGGAUUGUAUUGCUUGUUUCUAAAGAGGUAAUGAUCAGGAAACAGGUCUUUGAAAAUGAAGUAAUGAGACAUGUUGAACUGCAGUAGAAGGUGCAAUUCAAUGAGCAGUUCAAGUUCAAAAUGAAAUGUUGCUGAUUUGGAUAUUUCCAUAAUUAGUUCCUGUACUGUACAUACUUUUUCAAUAUUGUUAUUCAGUAAACUCAAAGUGUAACUGAAUUUUAGCAUAUUUCUGGAUCAUAAUAAUCAUUCUGCUUUAAAAGUGGGACGCACAGUAAUGGCACACGCAGGGUGUCAUCAGAUUUUGGACAAGUAAAACACCUUGAUAAGAAUAAGUACCUGUGCUCUGAGAGGUCAUGGGUUACACCCCUGGCCAUAGACUUAGUCUUGUCUGUAUUAAGCAUUUUGAGCCAGCAGUGGCUGCUUGAAUUGGAUGAUAUACUGUAAGAUUUUGAAAAUGUCACUACUGGAAUCAAUGCUGGCUCUUCAAUCCAUUAGAUUUUGCUGAGGAGGAAUCUCUGAUCAUAUUAACAAAGACAAUCGAUUAUUGUCUAUAGGUAGUCCAUGGCAGUCAACCAUGAUUAUUUUCAGUGAUAACAGUCCACAAGAUGUUCUCUUAAAAGAUGUAUCUUAAAAAUAAUGAUUGAAGACUGUAUAUAGGCACUAUUAAAAAACAAACAACUGGUCUUGCUUUAUACAAAAGAGAAACAGUUUUAACUCCUGUGAAAGUUUGUUUGACAAAAGCUGUCGUGUCCAUGGCCACCACUUACAGUAUACUUGCAGAUUUAUCUCGGGCCUGUUAACCAUAGACAAACCAUGGAUUUCAACCAUGACAUGGGCAAACCUGAUCAUCCAGGGUGAACUUAGAUAGGGGAACAGUGCUACCAGCUACCAAGAGGUCCCUGUAGAUGAAAUACUUGCCUCUCGUUGGACAUUUUAAUAAAGAAAUUAAGCCCGUAGAAACGUAAUACAGUAGAACCUGUUAUAUCUGAUUUAAUUGGUUCCAGGGGGCGAUCAGAUAUGUAAGAAUAUUGUAUCUCAGUGGGAGUCAUUAUACUACAUUGUUGUUGCUUUUUACUAAUGUCACCGCAUUAGAAAUUAAAAUGUCAGGUGCAUCAGUGAAUCUAAAACACCAAAGUGCGAUACUGCACGUUUACCAUACAAAGAAAGUCAGUGAAAAUAACUGCAAAACAAAGCAAUGUAAUACAGUAUUUGGCAAUUUACAAAAUAGCAUUCUAAACAUCAGCAUUUCAAGUGAGUUUCUUUAAGGAAUAUCAAUUAAAUUUGAUUCCUCAUGAUGCUAUCUAUAAAAUGGGUUUCACCUGUAUUAUUGCUCUGUCCACCUUUCACAGUUCUGUCAGGUAAAUUAUUUAUUGGUUCCAUUCCAUUUAGAAAAAAAAAAAUAGUUUUGUUUACCUUGAUAAAAUUCAAAAGUCAAGAAAUGUGAAAAUAAAAAAAAUACUGUACAUAACUGCAAACAUUUCAUCAUGUUAUAUGCAUUUGAAGCCUGUUUUCAUAUCACUGUGCUAUUAAGUUUUGCACUAUACACACACCCAUGUAAUGAGUUGUUACUCACAUAACAGACUUUUGUGUAUUUGUAUAAAUGGUUUCUAAAACAAUAAUUGUCCAAAAUAAAUAUAACUUGUUUAUUUUACUGCUAACUUCUUACACAUUCACUUUGUUAAAAUUGAUCUUUUAAAUUAUUUUUCUACUCUAUGUGAGACAUCAGAUUUCUCCACAGCUGGAGAACAGUAAGUUGAAAUGCUCAAAAGUCUGUUACUUAGCUAAGUAGCCUGACAUAAAAUAAGUAAAUACAUAAAUCAUUAAAGUGAGUCAUAAAUACCAGCUGUAGUGGUGAUGCUCAUAACACUUGAGUUAAAGGAUAUGUUACACAAAUUGAUAUAAACAUGGUGUUAUAAAGAACGUUAAAGACAGUAUUAGUCCUGGAUCUGGCCAGCUUAUGCACAUAAUAUUAUUUUUGUCAGUGCUAUACAAAUUUGCACAUCCUCUAUUAAAAUGUAAGAGAUAAGAAAAUGCAAAUACUGCUUGAAUAUAUUUAUGUUGUGCUUGUUUGCACCUUUCCCAAAGACUAUUCCGUUGCCUUUGUAGGGAGUUGCAAGUUUGUUUUCUAUAUGCAAUGAUUCAGUGCAUACUGGACCAGUGGGUGCCUCUUUACAACACUGGGACCUUUGCAUUGGAGCUGAUGCCAAUCAUGUGAAGCUCCCCUGUAUUCACAAACGCAUUGAACACUGUAUAUGGUGCACAGCUAUUGCAACGUAGCAUUCAGCAUCUGAGGAUGUUUCAGUAUCACUGAAUGUAUGUGGCAGCUGACACGUGCUUAUUUGGUUUGCUCUCUGAGGUUCAGACAACAAUUAUCACAUUAGGUUUUACAUUUCCAUGUCCUCAUUUUUCUAAUAGGUUUCACCUCUCUAUAGUUUGUGCAGUUGCCAAUGAUGUACUGUAUGUAAUUGUAUAGUUAAAAAAUACAAAUAAAAUCAAUAAAAAAUCAUAUUUAAAUAUAUAUAUUUAAAGUAUUAAAUCAAUACUAUUUUUUUUUUUUUUUUUUUUUGUAAUUAUGUUUAGCAUUCCAAAGGUCAUGUAAGGUCAGUUUCAAUAUUCUUUAUAAUUUUAUGGCUAAUAGUAACCCAUACAGAAAUAUUUUCAAGCAGCAUCAUAUUUAAUUUGAGCAAAACCUCACUGGCCAUAUCAAUGUUUUAAAACUUCUGCUUGCAAUAAAAAUAAAAUUAAAAAAUGCAUUUUGCGCCUUAUGUUUUACACAUAUAACUGAUGGUUGUUAACCGUGGUAGAAAAUUGGCAUUCUUUAACAAUUUCUUUUAUAAUGUAAAUUCCAGUUUAAUUAUAUAAGGUUUAAAAGGUUAAAAAAAGAAAAUAUUUCAGGACAUUUUGGACAAAAGCUCUUCUUCAGCUGUGCAGAAGAAAAGUAAACACAGUGCAGUAAACUUUUUUUUUUAGUUUUUGCCUCUAGUGUUGUCAACCUGAAUGUACUGAUACUGAGCUGUAUAUACACAUUAGGACUAAUAUUUUUAAUUUUUUUAAUUUUUUAUUUAUAGUGAAUGAAGGGUAUAAAGCAUGUCUUUUGAAUAACUGAAUGACAAUAUUCAAUCUUCAUGUGUCCUUUAGGAUCUGUGUUGUAUGAUAUUGGAACGCACAAUAGAAAUGAGAUGUAUAAUAAACUUUGUACAAUUGA